AUGCGUUCCAGCAGCAAGGCGCAUGCCGAUGCCAUGUCAAUAAAUCCCGCCGUCGGCCGCCCGUGGGUGAAAAAGGCCGGUGCUGCUGAUGCGGAUGGCGCUGCUCCGGCUGCAGCAACGCAGGAUGCACCGGCGAAUGGCAAGCAGCCCAAGAAGGCCGACUCUGAGGGCUCGGACUCAGAUUCAGAUUCGGAAACAGACUCUGACGGAUCUGGAUCCUCUUCGUCCUGCGCUAUCGUCGAUCGACCAAUUCUGCAUACGAGGGAUCGUCCGACUGAGGAAAUCCCCAUGGCCACAGUUGAUAUGAGCACACCCGCAUCACGCCAAGCAGGCGGCACAAGCCGCUCCACAUCCCGCUCCCCCACCAAUGCCCCUAGCCUGAGCAGCACAUCCACGCACAUUCGCCGCAAAUCUUCGCUGAGGCCUCUGCGCAUGUUGACUGUGCACAGCGAUGCCUCUACCGACGACGACCUGCCGCUGUCGAACAUCUCAGCCGAGUCCAUCCACCGAAACAAGUCCGUCGCUGUGCUGCGUCGUUCCAAGAGCGCCGCAUUGACAGAAGCACUCUCUAGCGGGGCAUUCCCAGAGUCCCAGAUUAAGCGCAGUGCACCGGGCUCGCGCAGCAUGCUUGUGAGACCGUCGAUGCAGUCGCCAAGUUCUGGCGAAAUCCCACCGUUACCGAAGCUCCCUGAUACGCUCAAGACCAGCCCAAGCAUACGCAUGAGCGCGGGGCGUCAGGCACAGGAGAGCAGCGAUGAGGAUGCACCGCUGGAUAAGCUCCAGGAGGAGCUGGUAUCAGGUGCCCGGUCGGUGCCAAAUCUGCCAGUGAACAAGUCGGGCUCAAGGAAGGAUAAGAAGCAAGGCAGCAAGGGUAAAUCCAAAAAGAGCAAGCGUAGAUCGAAUGGUUCGAGGGGCGAGAGCGCAAAAUCAGGCAAGAGUGCGUCUGCCAGCAGGUAUUACGACAACUACGACGACGAGUCGGCUGAGAGCGAGGCUGAGCCUACCAAAGAGCCUACCAAAGAGCCCGCCAAAGAGCCCGCCAAAGAGCCCGCCAAAGAGCCUAAGAAGCCUACCGAUUCAUCCGACGAUGAUGUCUACCGCCGCCCAGAGCCUCUCCCAGAGUCUGACUCGGAUGGUCCAGGCAAGAAGGGCAAGAAAAAGAAGAACCGCAAAUCUGGCGGCUACCUGCCCAAGGGGAUGACCUUGCCGGCGAUCCCAUUGCGCGCGCGCACAGUGCGGGCCCGCGGCCCUGUGACGUACAUGGCUCUGGACGACAUCGUCGACACAUACGAGCGAGCAACCGAGCUGCAGCUUCAGGCUGAGGAGCAGCAGAUCGAAAAGGAGGUAAUUGACAACAUGAAUCUGCGUGAUCUGGCAGCGUGCGAUAUCCGUCCAGCACGGCACAAGCUGCGGCAUAAGUCGGUUCUGCAGACGAAUCCUGCUGGCGAGGUGCUCGAGAUGUUCGAGGCGGCGGCUAUGGAUGAUCAAGAUAUACCUGGGUCUGUGUCGUCGUUUCGCGGGACUGACGGAUCGAGCAACGAUACGAUUCUGUCUCUUCUCAGGAGCGAGCGCGUGGAACUGCAGGCUGCAUCGACAGAGCAUUCAGGAUCCAAGGCAAUUGGCAUCAUGGGCGGCAAGAUUGGUGCGCGCAAGCGAUUCUCGCUAGCGCUAACACGACAUAGCCUAGCUGUUGAGCGCGGUCUGAUUGAGCCCGUCGAUUACAGCGAGAAGCCUGAGGAUCUGGAGGAUGAAUCUGCGCCUAUCCCUGAUUUCCAGCCAAUCGAGAUUCCCAAUAUUGGCGAGGAGGAUGAAAAGCCGCUCGAAGAAGGCUUGGGCUUGGACGAGAUCAUCACCAAGGUCAAGGACUCCGAUGUCACUGACGAUGCCAAGGAUGGGGAUACCGAGCGCGCCGAAGAGGACGGAGAGGACGACAGAAGGCCCUGGAGCGCCUUGAUAUGCUGGAUUUUCCGCAAGGUGUCAAUCCGCAUAUACGUGUAUGACGCCCGCAGAUACUACACAUUCGUGCUGACCGAGUACAGCACUUGCGAAAUGAUCCUGAACGACAUGAAGCAGAGCGGAAUCAUCGACGCGCGCAAGAACAACUGGGCACUGUUUGAACUCGUUGAUUACUUUGGGAUCGAGCGGCCACUGAAUCACUUUGAGAACAUCAUGAGCGUGGUCGACGGCUGGGAACCACGCAGCAACAACUACAUCAUCGUCAAGGGAUUUGGCCAGCAGUCAUCGCUGACGCUGACUGGCGGCGUGCAGCCCGGCGACCACGCGAUCCAGGGCAUGAUGUACUACCGCAUCAAAAAGAACAAGUGGCAAAAGAGCAUGUUCCGUCUGACAGGGCACAACCUGGUGUACAUCAAGGAUGGGCGCGGCCGGUCGAAGAAGGAGGAGCACUACUUGUCGCUGACUAACAAUGACGUCUACACACCGUUCCAGCCACUGCGCGGGUCGCCAACGCGCUAUGUGUUUGGGCUGAAAUCCGAGAUGCCGAUGCAGAUGUUUGAGAAGCCCGACGAAGACUACGUCAAGUGGUUCGCUGUGCAGACUCUCGAUGGGCUGCGCGAAUGGCUACAGGUGCUGCGACUGGCCAAAAACCAGAUAAAACCAAACGCAAUCCGCGACCACGACAAAAACAAUGUGCCGUUCAAACCGCUGGUUGAUCUGGCACAUCUUGACCACCACACCGAUGCUGAGAAGGGCGCCAACUUCACGACUGAUGUGCUUUCAUCAAUCAACAAGAUAGCCAGCACGACAAAGUACGAUCCGAGCGCAUUGGUCCAGGCAGUUGAGGCUAGCGGCGUCGAUGUCAGCGAGUUCAAGGCUCUGGGGUCCAAAGGUGGUGUGCACAACCAGGAAGGAGACGACGAGGCCCAGGUACCAGAUAUUACUUUCGAGCCUGGCUCGCUGCUGUCAAAGCCGCGCCGGCAGAACCCAGACGGCAACUCUGCAGGUAAAAACGACUCUGUCAAUAUGUUUGUUAAGGGGUCACUGCUUGCGCAGCCACGCGAGAGCAAGGCUAUGGCGGCAUCGCGCGCAAUGCAAAGCGUGAUGGCUCAGGACGGCGACGUGUUCACGCAUGGCCAGCGGCCAGCGCACGUUGGCGGGGCGCCAAAUAUCGCAAACAGCUCGAUGUUCCCGCUGGUGCAGAUGGAGCCACAAGCAGACCCGGCAUUUGGUGACCGGUUCCGCGCGACCAGUGCACAGAUCCAUCAGGCAGCGCUGGAGGCGCAGGCUGGGUACCAGGCGGCAGUAUUUGAUCCGUAUGCCAACCCAGACGAGGUUGCGUUUGGCGGUUUGUUGGCAAAUGCACAGCAGCAACAAGUGGCGAGACAGCAGCAGCUGGAGCAGCACAAGCUGCUGUUCCAGCAGUCGUUGCCGAUGGAGCAGCUAGAAGCGUAUGAGCAAGCGAAUGCCAUGCAUCAGUCUCACGUCCAACACCAACUCGUGCAGGGCCAUUAUGACUAUAGCCAGGAAUAUGACAGGGAGCAUAACUUGCAGCAGCAGCAGCACCAGCAGCAACAGCACCUCCACUACUAAGUCAUGGUACCCAUGCCAGGCUUUCAUAAUAUUCUUGUUUUUC